AUGAUCAAAUUCAAGAUUGGGAAAUAUCAAGAUGAAGUUCUAUGUGAUGUGGUCCCAAUGCAAGCUUGUCAUGUGCUACUCGGGAAGCCUUGGCAACAUGAUCGUUCAACCAAACAUGAUGGGAGAACUAACAAGUAUUCACUUGUGUUGAAUGAUCAUAAGUAUGUUCUUCACCCUAUGUCACCCUCUCAAGUCAAUGAUGUAUAUCAAAUGAUGAGUGAGUCGAGGGAGAAGAAGAAGUGUGAAGAGGAACAUGAGGAGGCUGAGAGCCAAGAAGAGGAGGAGAGGAGGAGAGUAGGAAAUUAUGAGGAUGUCUUCCCAAAGGAGCUUCCAAGUGGAUUGCCCCCUCUUCGGGGAAUUGAACACCAAAUUGAUUUUGUGUCGGGAUCACAAUUGCCAAACAAGACGGCUUAUUGA